CAAUUAUGAAUGACGAGGGAAACAGCGCACUCAAGCGUCGAUUUCAAAAACUUUCAUGAAAAUUGACCUUAAAUGACGCAUCCAACGAAGAAGAUGAAUAUAGCUGAUUUCGAUGACGUGUCAGAGAUGCACCACGUGUAUCGUAUACAUAUGACACGUCGUUGAUCGGUGUACUUCAGACGGAAGCGAGUGUUCAAAAACGUAGUUUCAAUUGAUAAGCAAAAGUCUAUCGUUUGGUAAAUCACGGAACUUCCAGUUGUUCAUUUAUAUGUCCGUCCUACUAAACUACUGCAACGUUCAAAUAUUUGACAUAAAAGAAAUUUGUAUAAUUGACUAGAAAAUUACUACUGUGAUAAAAUACAUUUUUGAUUUAAAGUACAUUUAAUUAUCAACAACCACAAUGCCUGCCGCAGCUAGUGCAACAUCGGUUGGAUCCGCGGGUCGUUCACCUAGUAAAGCUAUAGCACCUAGAGCAGGUGGCAGUGGCACUGUCAGACAACGUAAAACUGCCACUGCUACAUCCUCUAGAAAUAGAAACACUGGUACAAGCUCUGGUGGUAUGUGGAGAUUUUAUACAGAUGAUUCACCUGGCAUUAAAGUAGGUCCUGUACCAGUACUGGUUAUGUCUCUCUUAUUCAUCGCAUCCGUGUUCAUGCUUCAUAUUUGGGGAAAAUACACCAGAUCUUAAGGAUAAAAAGUUGUGUUAUAAAUGGGAUUACAACGCAAAUAAGACUUAUCAGGGGGAAGAGAAAGUUUCAACUACACACGUGUAAGAUUAAAAAGAACUGUUAAACAUCAAUUUUGCAUAAAGAGAUUUGAUUUUGUAUUAACAAUGCGUAGUGUGAAUUAUAUGCGUCUUCUUCGUUGAAUGUGCAUUCAAUUGACACGAGAAUCUAUUAAAAAAAACUUUGUACACCUCCUAUAAGUAAAAUGAUUCCAUUUUGAAAUUACAUACAUUGAAAUAAAAAAAUAUGAGA